AUGUCAGCCAAGAAGUGCUCAAGAAUAGAUCUGAAGGUUUCAUCACUUCAAAUCCAAACAAGGAAGUGUCUACCCUCUGCAGACGAGUUCAACAAUCAGCUGAUGUAUCCAUGGAGUGUUAGUCGAUCGCUUCAUCAGAGACAACCUUUUGCCGGAGUAGUUCGCAAUAUGAUAGGAGAAUAUGCACAUGAAAAUGCGCAAUUAUUGAAUGUUCGUAUAUUCCAAACUCUGCAUGGUAAAACUAAAUAUGUUCUUGUUCCAAGAAUCUACUACCGAAAAUAUUCAAAACAAGAGCGCAUGGUAUCUACCAGGUCCGGGAUGGAUCACGUGAUUACACCACAUGAUGCCUAUGCGCCGCGUGCGCCUCCUGAAAUAUCCCUCGCAAAUCUGUUGCCCGCCCUACCUACUCCAUACGCUGUGCACACCCUGAAAGAGCCCAUUCAAUAUAUAGAGUGUUUUUCAAUUGAAUACAUUUCAGUCAAAACCAAACCACUGUUGAAACAUAUGUAUAAAUGGGUGAACAACCACUACGCUGCACUGAAAAGUGCCAAGGGACCCACUGAUUUCACAACCGCUCAACAGCCACCAAUUAAUAUUGACAAACUAAGACUGUUUCCAAACCGAACGCUCAACAGCUAG